AUGAGCGGCGAGCAGGUUUACGGCGUGACCCCGCCCAUUUCGGUGUCGCUUCCCACAGAGAACGAAAAACGGAUCAGUGAAUCUCUGAUUGAGGAACUUCGUCGCCAAAAGACUUUUGAGAGUCCUUCUGAUACGCAAAAAAGCCUCUCCAACAGACAUACCGUCCUCGAGUCGCUGCAGAAAAUCACAGACGAAUUUGUAAGAAAAGUUGCACGCGAAAAGGAACCGAAGAACGAUAUCCUCAUCAAGAAUGCACGCGGCAAGGUGUUUACCUACGGCAGCUUUCGCCUCGGUGUCUUCGGCCCCGGCUCCGACAUUGAUACCCUGAUUGUUGCUCCGAAAUAUGUCACGCGCGAAGAUUAUUUCAAAUAUUUUCCAGAGCUACUCGCCGAAAUGGCGCCCAAAGAUUCCAUUACCGAUCUCGCGGCCGUCACCGAUGCGUUUGUGCCCAUCAUUAAAUUCGAGUAUUCGGGCAUCAGUAUCGAUUUAAUUUUCUCUCGCAUCAUUCAGAAGCAACUUGCUCCGGAUUUUCAGGAUCUCAAAGACUCUGGUCUCUUGCGCGGUUUGGACGAAGCUGAGCUUCGCUCUCUCAACGGCACCCGAGUUACAGAUGAGAUUUUGGCUCUGGUUCCGGAACAAAGCACUUUUAGAUUAGCCCUCAGAGCCAUCAAGCUUUGGGCACAGCGUCGAGCAGUAUACGGAAACAUUAUGGGCUUCCCAGGUGGUGUCGCGUGGGCUAUGCUUGUCGCCAGAGUCUGUCAGCUGUACCCCAAAGCGGCCACCUCUGUCAUUGUCAACAAAUUCUUCCUGGUCAUGAGUCAGUGGCGUUGGCCCCAGCCAGUCUUGCUCAAGCCCAUCGAAAAUGGUCCUCUUCCAGUACGAGUUUGGAACCCCAAAGUGUACAAGGGUGAUUCAUUUCACUUGAUGCCCAUCAUCACCCCAGCCUACCCAUCCAUGUGCGCCACCUUCAACAUUACGCGAUCCUCGAUGACCAUCAUCAAGCGAGAACUCCAGCGUGGACUUGAGAUUACCGAGCAGGUUAUGGUAGGAAAGCAAUCUUGGAACGAUUUGUUUGUCAAACACACCUUUUUUACAACAGGUUAUAAAUAUUACAUUUCGGUUGUCUCGGCAAGUAAGGCAAGGGAUGCGCACAAGCUAUGGUCAGGAUACAUUGAGUCAAAGGUCCGGAUGCUCGUACAGAAACUGGAGCACCACCCGCACAUUGCUCUGGCACACCCCUUUGUCAAGGGCUACUCGAGAAGACACCUCUGCAAGGAUGAAACGCAAAUCGAACAAGUGCAAGAAGGCAGUCUUGACUUCGUGGUCUCUGACGACGUUCAGUUGGAUGGUGAGAGCAAUGAACAAAAUGGCGAGCAAAAAGAAGCUGCCGAAGGCGAAGCGGAGAAGCAAACGUCGUCCGAGGUCUUUACCACGACCCAUUACAUUGGCCUUGAGCUAGAAGAAGGUGCCAAGUCUCUCGAUCUGUCAUACCAAGUCGAUGAAUUUAAGGUAUUAUGUACUGCAUGGCAGAAGUAUCAGGACGAGCUGAAGCCAUUGGUGUCAAUUGGAGUACAGCAUGUGCGCAAUUUCAAUCUUCCAGAUGAUGUAUUUGGUGCAGACGAAAAGAAGCCUCAAAAGAAGUCCUCCAAAGGCGCCAACGGGAAGAAGCGCGGCGCCGCUGAGGUAAUGCCGCUUCGCAAUCUUCUACGCUAUGGACAAGCGAUCGAAGACAAUCAACCGCCUGCGAAGCGACAGCAGGCAUCCGUCGCGGCCGCCGGUUAA